ACAACUUUUCACUGUACAUUUACAGAGGCGAUUCAACCUUUCCAGUGAGACAGAGCUAUGCAAGGGUCAUCCGAGCUUUCCCCAAACAGCCGUGUUGGAAGCUUUGCCUUUGUUGGGGUGCACGGUGACGCUGUGAAGAUCUGCCAAAAACCCCUUGCAACCCAUCGCUUCCAUUCCUUCAACUUCACCUCUUUUAUCUUUUGGCUGCCGCGCAAUAUACCCACUUUCUUUGCAGCUCGUGGUACGGACACUCACUGGUAUUCCUUUUGUUGCCGAGUGACCGAGGCAGCGGCGCUCUCUAGUUCUGACCUACCAAGCUCGACCGCGUUAAUACGAAUCCUCUGCCACUUCAACUUCUCCGCCAGUUCCGGACUCACGGUCUAAUCGCUCCUUCGAGCUUCAGAUCCGCUCACGGUAAUCACAAUGGCGAAGCCGGUGCACCUGCUUCCGCGCAUGACCGCGAAGGGGCCCUUCUCGGUCGAGGUCCCCGGCCAACCGACCGUCGAGGGAGAGACGCCCGUCCGCAGGCACCCCCUUGCCGUCAACGGCUUGUUUACCAAGCCCAGCGACGAUAUCUCGACCGUCCACGAGCUCGUCCGCGCAAGCGUCGCCAAGUUUGGUAAUGCCAAAUGCAUGGGCUCCCGGAAGCUGGUGCGCACCCACCAGGAAAAGAAGAUGAUCAAGAAGGUGGUCAACGGCGAGGAGCGCGAGGUCGAAAAGUCGUGGACCUUCUUCGAGAUGAGCCCCUACGAGUACAUCAGCUAUACCGAUUACGAGCGCCUGACGCACCAGCUCGGCGCUGGCCUGCGCAAGCUCGGCAUGGUUGCAGGCGACCGCGUGCACAUCUACGCCGCCACCAGCCAAAAUUGGCUAGGCAUGGCCCACGCCGCCGGCUCGCAGAGCAUGCCCAUCGUGACGGCUUACGACACGCUGGGCGAGGAGGGUUUGCGUUACUCGAUGGUCGCCACCAAGGCCAAGGCCAUCUUCCUCGACCCCCACCUGCUCCCGACCCUGACCAACGUCCUGGCAGCUGCCACCGAGGUCCAGACGGUCAUCUGGAACAACCAGCACCAGGUCAAUCAGGAGCAUGUUGACAAGCUCAAGGCCUCGUAUCCUCACAUCACCAUUCUCAGCUUCGAAGAGCUCCGACAAAUGGGCGAGGCGAACCCGGUCGACCUGGUCCCGCCCAAGCCUGAGGAUCUCUGCUGCAUCAUGUAUACUUCAGGCUCGACGGGCACUCCGAAGGGUGUGCCGGUGACGCAUGCUUCAGUGAUCGCUGCUGUUGCGGGUGCUAGCGCUAUUGUCGACCAGUUCAUUGGACCUGGAGACGGUCUCCUGGCGUACUUGCCGCUGGCUCACAUUCUCGAGUUCGUCUUUGAGCACGCGGCGAUCUACUGGGGCGCCAUCCUGGGCUACGGCAACCCCAAGACCCUGUCCGACGCGUCGGUGCGCAAUUGCAACGGCGACAUUCGCGAAUUCAAGCCCAGCGUUCUGAUCGGCGUGCCCGCCGUCUGGGAGACAGUCAAGAAGGGCAUUAUUGCCAAGGUCAAUGCCGGCAGCCCGGUUUUGCGGGGGCUCUUCUGGGGUGCAUUGGCGCUUAAGGAAAGGCUACUGGCUUCUGGAAUGCCCGGCGUUGGCGUCUUGGAUGCGGUCGUGUUCAAGAAGAUCAAGGAGGCAACUGGUGGGCGGAUGAAGCUGUGCUUGAGCGCCGGCGGCCCUGUGUCCAAGGAUACCCAAAAGUUCAUCAGCAUGGCCAUUUGCCCCAUGAUUAUUGGCUACGGCCUCACCGAGACGACGGCCAUGGGCACGCUGCAGAGUCCGCUUGAAUGGACCGCCGAGUCCAUCGGCCCUAUGACGUGCUCGAUCGAGGCCAAGCUGGUUGACUUUGCCGACGCCGGCUAUUUUGUCACCAACAAGCCGAAUCCGCAGGGCGAGAUCUGGCUGCGCGGCCCGACGGUCCUGAAAGGGUACUACGACAACGACAAGGAGACGGCCGAGGCGCUCACCGCCGACGGCUGGUUCAAGACGGGCGACAUUGGCGAGUGGGACAAGAACGGGCACCUCAAGAUCAUCGACCGCAAGAAGAACCUCGUUAAGACGCUCAACGGCGAGUACAUUGCGCUCGAGAAGCUCGAGUCCAUCUACCGGUCGGCGCCCGUGGUCGCUAACAUCUGCGUCUACGCCGACAUUUCCAAGGCCAAGCCGAUCGCCAUCAUUGUCCCGGCCGAACCCGCGCUCAAGAAAUUGGCCGCCGCGAUUGGUGUGCAGGGCGACGAUCUCGAGACGCUGGCCCAGGACAAGAAGGUGCAGGCCGCUGUGCUCAAGGAAUUGCAGGCUGCCGGCCGUGCUGGUGGUCUCUCGGGUAUUGAGAUCAUCGAGGGCGUGGUUGUGGUUGACGACGAGUGGACGCCGCAGAAUGGCAUGGUCACGGCCGCCCAGAAACUCAACCGCCGGGGCAUCUUGGACAAGUAUAGGCGCCUUGUUAACGAGGCCUAUGGCAGCUCGGACUGAGCGGGCCGCACUAGCAUCAGCGCAUCAGUGGUGGCGAGGGAGGAGUUGGCGUAAAGGGGGAGGGGGGCCGCCGCACAGCGAAAUUGUGACUACAGUACUAUUUGUGAUAUAUCACUUCCCCUCGGUAUGUCUUGGGUUGCCUUGAAUUGUUUUUUUCAGUCGUUCCUGUAUGACGGACUGGGCUGGCCUUUGGUGCUGGGUUGGAAUUUGGUUUUAACCACCUAAUGUUUCGUUGGUUCAGCGCGUUGUGAUAAUUGAUAUCC